GCCUUGGGAGAGGCUGUGGGGCGGGCCCGGGGGCGGGCGCCCGGCGCUCUGGUCCCUCUGCGGCCCGUUCUCCGUUACUCGCUCUGCAGACCUAAGUUGUCCUGGGCGCUGAGCCGCGAGAGAUGUUCUUCAGAGCUGCCUGGAGCUUGGUGCUGAGGAAAACAGGACCUGGGAUUCGGGGGAUGCACAGCCCAGGAAGCGCCGCCCACAGCGAGGGGAAGAUGCCCCCCUACACCAGCUACCAUGCCCAGCGCACCUACCCCAUGCCCGAUGAGCCCUUCUGCACAGAGCUCAACGCUGAGCAGCGGGCCCUGAAGGAGAAGGAGAAGGGCAGCUGGACCCAGCUGAGCCAUGCCGAGAAGGUGGCCUUGUACCGCCUCCAGUUCCACGAGACCUUCGCAGAGAUGAACCGUCGCUCCAACGAGUGGAAGACAGUGAUGGGCUGUGUCUUCUUCUUUUUUGGAUUCACAGCUCUGCUGAUUUGGUGGCAGCGGGUCUAUGUGUUCCCAGAGAAGCCCAUCACCCUGACGGAUGAGUGGAAGGCCCAGCAGCUCCAGCGCAUCCUGGAUAUGAAGGGCAACCCUGUGCAAGGCCUGGCCUCCCGGUGGGACUAUGAGAAGAAGGAGUGGAAGAAGUGACCCGGCAUCCGGCCGCCCUCCCUGCAGCUCCACCCUGGCCUAGAGCCUAUGGAGGGCCCUUUCCUCUUCUUAACCCCAAUAAAGCCGGCCUGUUCUCUUUUG